UCGAAUCCUGUUUUGGCAUACUUUAUAUACCUGUCGAUUUCGCAUGUACAUUUUCUGGUGAAAGAUGUUGCCGUACUGCUAGCCUAGGCCUAGACAAAUAUAGAAGCACACGAGACUUUUAAUAAUAACUGCUAUUAACGUUUAUAUAAUUGAUAAUCACAAUGGCUGUGCGUGACUUUGUGGAAGGAGAAUGUGGGACAAGCAAUCCCCUGAUGAAAUUGACAAGCCAUUUUAUGGAGGAUAAGUCCAGGCACCAGGAAGGUCUUCACAUAGCCCCAGGAGUAGGUCAUCGCACAGAGUUGUCAGAACAACAGUUGGUUGGAGAGUUUUUAGCAGAACACCACUAUAAUGCAGCUCCACAAAGUUUUCAUAUGAAUGCACUGUUACAAGAAAUGCAAGAUAUUGAGGAUGCUCUACAUAGAAGGCAACUCCCAGCUCAAGCACCAGCUAUAGCUGAUCUGGCCACCCAACCCAAUUGGGCUCAAGAAUUUCUUGUGGCAGAGAAAGAAAGGAUAGAAGACAUAACAACUGAAAGGCCAUCAGAUUGGACGAGAGAUUUUUUGGAGAGUCAAAAAGAAGCUGUUGGUCCUGAAAUUCUGCCUGAAAAUCCAAAUGCUAAAUGGGCUGAAGAGUACCUCUCUGGAAGUGCUGAGAAAUUAUGGCUUAAUGAAUAUGAACAGCAGUCAGAUGACGUUGGUUGGAUUGAUGAAUACAAAGCUGAAGAUAACUUAGCAAAAACUGCCAAUGAAUUGCUUGGAGCUGUAGAUGAUCCAAAAUUUAACAACUCUGAAUUUAUGAAGUUUGUAAAGAAAUUAGGUGAUGGUGAAUUAGUCAUUGAAGAUAAUCAAGUAAAACAAAAAGAUGGUCAUGUCAUCGAAAGCACAGCAGAAGCGUGGUCACAGGAUUUUCUAAAUGAACAGAAGUUGAGUGAAGAAUGGAAAUCUGAGUUCAUAACUGAUAUGUCGUCCAAGACUGUUCCAUCGGAUGAGGAAUUCUGGGAUCGUUUACAAACGGAAUGGGAAAAUGCAGCCAAGAAUGAAUUAUCCGGUUCCCAUCCAUGGCUGAGUGAAUUUGAAAAUGCCACAUCAUCUGACCAGGUUUACCAAUUCGAAGAAGAUAAUCCAUUAAGGGAUCACACUGAUCCAUUUCAAGAGGGAUUAAAACGGUUGGAAGAAGGUGAUCUUGCAAAUGCUGUGUUGUUAUUUGAAACAGAGGUUCAAGAAAGACCUGAAAAUGCCAAGGGUUGGCAAUACCUGGGCACAACUCAAGCACAAAAUGAACAAGAAAAUGCAGCAAUACUGGCAUUAAGAAGGUGUUUAGAAUUAGACAAAGACAACCUUACAGCAUUAAUGGCAUUGGCAGUGAGCUAUACAAAUGAAUCUAUGCAAACACAAGCUCUCUACUCAUUGCAAGACUGGAUUGGCAGCAAUCCCAGAUAUUCGCAUAUACUCAAAAGACGAGUUGAUCAUUCAGACGUGCCAAUAAAUUCAGUGAUGUCCAGCAAUCUCCACCAUCAUGUGCAAGGCCUGUACCUGGAGGCAGCCAGAGAGUCUCCGGAAGAGAUUGACCCGGAUGUGCAAGGAGGACUAGGGGUCUUGUUCAACCUUUCUCAGGAGUAUGAUAAGGCAGUUGAUUGCUUCAAUGCUGCGCUUUCAGUCAGACCAAAUGACUGCUUGUUAUGGAAUAAACUGGGUGCAACAUUAGCAAAUGGAAACAGGAGUGAAGAAGCAGUGGAUGCCUACAGACAGGCACUGCAGCUGUACCCAGGCUUUGUCAGAUCUAGAUACAACCUUGGCAUAAGCUGCAUCAACCUAAGAUCAUAUAGGGAAGCCAUAGAGCAUUUUCUCACAGCACUGCACUUACAACGUUCAGGGAAAACACUGAACAGAGAAGCAGCCGUAACGUCCGACAACAUCUGGUCAACACUGCGGAUGUCCAUAUCACUGCUGGGACGCCCCGAAUUAUACAAGGCUGCUGAGGAAAGGAAUUUAGACGCUCUAAAUGAGGCCUUCCAUAUUACGACAUGACCCUGUAUUCGCUGCAUAUGUCAGCAUUUUACGUAUCUAAAAAUUCCUGGGCUGGUGCCAUUUUAUUAGUUGGGAUCACAU